AGCUGGUGUGUUUUUAUCAUUCUGGACAAUCAGGCAGUCAUUUCUGGCAUUUUUGGUCACGUACGGAAUUAUGUUUGGCUUUGGGCAAGGAAUUGCUUAUGUCCUUACUUGGGCCCCCGAACACGUAGGGUUGGUGAGCGGUAUUGUUGCAGCUGGAUUUGGCGUCAGCUCAUCCAUUUUUGCUCCACUUCAAACUAUCUACAUUAACCCUUCCAGUUACAAGCCUACUGCAUUCGGGCAAGCUGUUGGACUCGUUGUUAUUUGCAAUCCUCCAAACCCGGAGGAGCAGUCGGAAGCACUGCAGGCGCAAAUUUCAACUUCAGUCUGGCCAUGGUGUGAAAGAGUCGUUGGAACUGAACGCGCUUCGCUUCUUUGUAAUUCAAAUAGAUACCGUUAUACGAAACUACAGCUGUUUGUGGAAGAGGUUGUUUACAAUGACUGACU